GCCGCCGUUGACGCGCCGGCGUUUUUACGACGGCGUGCGUGUCUCGUUUUCGACAGUGACUGUGGAAGGCGCCGCUGCCGUGAGCAAGCUGUUUUUGUUUUGAAGGUUUUUUUUAAAAAAAAGAUAAUAAUAAUAAUAAUAGAUUGAUAUAUACUAUUCAAGCGACACCCGUAUCGAUUGGAAAAGAAGAUUCUCACAAACAAGAAUAUUAUUUUUCUCGAGGCCUGGCUGACGAGGACGGAUCGCUCGAGCCGCUCUUCCCAAAAAAAAAAUCACUUGUGGAAAGUUUGUUAUUGUCACGUGACCCGGGAGCUUAGCGCGCCUUUAACGUUUUGUUUUGGUAGCUGAUUUUGUUUUUUGUAUUUAUUAUAUUUGACUUUAUUGUAAUUUAUUUUUUUAACCAUUAAAAAUGCCACAGCCGAAGCACAGAAAGAUUGCGGUUCUGGGUUACCGAUCCGUGGGCAAAUCCUCUCUAACUAUCCAGUUUGUGGAAGGACAGUUUGUAGAUUCCUAUGACCCCACCAUUGAGAAUACCUUUAAUAAAAUGGUCUCGGUGAACGGGCAGGAUUUUAAUCUGCAGUUAGUGGACACUGCGGGCCAGGACGAGUAUUCGAUCUUCCCUCAGUCCCACUCUAUGGAUCUUCACGGCUACGUGCUGGUGUACUCUGUAACGUCAAUGAAAAGUUUCGAGGUUAUUCAGGUUCUCCAUGAUAAGCUGCUGGACAUGGUUGGGAAAGUACAAGUGCCGACUGUUCUGGUUGGAAAUAAAAAGGAUCUUCAUAUGGAGAGGGUGAUUAAACCAGAGGAAGGGAAGAAGCUGGCAGACUCCUGGGGAGCGGCCUUCAUGGAAUCAUCGGCCAAAGAGAACCAGACGGCGGUCGAAGUGUUCAAGCGGAUCGUCCUGGAGAUGGAGAAGGCAGACGGGAAUGCGCCGUCGGAGGAAAAGAAAUGCGCCGUGAUGUAGUGACCCAGAGAGCCAGCCAGCCAAUCCCGGCUCAGCCCAGACAAUCCGGAGACAGCCAAUCCAGACUCAUUUACCAGAAGAGACAGCCAAUCCCGGCGCAGCACAGAUGAAGAGCUAAACCAAUCCCAGCUCACACCAGAUGACACGUAUUUGUAUAUAAACAGGUAGCCAAGCUGCAGCAGACUCCCAUGGCACUUGGUCCAGCAGAAGCAGCAGUUGUGUAUGUAUAGGGCUGUGGUGGGUGGCUUUCCCCCUCACAUAGAGGAGGCGGAGGGAAGCAAUACUAUGGGUCUGGUAAGGGGAAGGAGUGGUGGUGUAAUACUUAACCCUUUAAAGUACCAAAUACAUUUUUCAGAACACUGUAUUCACGUAAUCUAGAUACAUUACAUUUAGACACUUGCGGUUUAACAAAAUUAGAGUAAGUUAUCAUAACAAUAUAGUUAAAGAGCCCUAGAGAUACUACCAUACAGAUUAGGUAGCCAAGGGGACAAUAUUAAGCAAGGUAUGCAGCAAAGUAGAAAAAAAAUAAUUAAGCUGAAAAUGAACGUAUCAAAGCAUAUACACAUUUAAAUAUAAUUUUACAUUUUACAAAGGCAUUCAAAAAAAAAAAAAAGUAACCCAUCGAAUUAAAAGUUGAAAUAUUAAUAAUAUCCUAAAAAAAAAAAAAAAAAAAAAAACUAUUUUAAAUUUGAAUUGGAUUGUUGUAAUAGUUUUUGCUGUCCUGGGAGAAACGUAUUCAAUGUGCUUCACUCCUUCCAAAAUGGUCAAUCUACAUUUACAGUGGCGCACAUAAGUUUGGGCCUCCAUUCAGAUCAAUCGCUUAGCUUUGUGAAUGCACUGUUACUAAUGCAUCACAGGCAUUAUUGACUUAGUUCUGUAACAUAUUAGCAUUGGUUUUAAAUGUAGCAUGCUGGUAAAUGCUUUGUGAAUAUUCCCCUAAACUUUGAAAUAACCUUUUGGAUUUACCACAGCUCCUUUUUAGAUGACUUGUCACACCGUGCACAAGUCUGGAGAUAUAUUAUGCCUCUGUUCUUAACAGAUUGGUUGCAGCUGAUCAAUACUGUUGUCUUUUCACCUGCAACCAGCAGAGCUUGUUUAGAUUCAGAACUGGAGAUAGUCUGGGCUGAGAACCAAGAACCACGAUGUUUCAAAAUCAACUUUAAUUGCAUGCCUCUCAGGGGAAUAAUAUUGGAAUUAAUCGAGGGUGUCUGUAUUUGCGAACACACGAUAGGGCUGUCUAGUUUUUGUGAUCUCUUUCAGGAUGAAAGUGGUCUGUCUGCUGUAGUACAUGAAGGUGUUCAUAAACACAUUGGGCGGUAUCUGAAGACCAAAAAAUAUUUUUGUGCCACCAUAAUUAUUCAUCCCUGACUUCAAAAGCAUUUCUCUCCAGUUUUGUUGCGACUUUUUUUGAUUGGUUUGUCUGGUCCCAAAUCCCAGGAUCCUUGUUUUCAUGCUGCAAAUGUAGCUAUUUUGUACACAAAUUAAUUGCACCGAAUUCAAAAUGUCCCUGAAAUUAAAAUAAUAUAUAUAUAUAUCUAUAAUAAUAAUACAUUUACUCCUUGGUACUUUAAUAAUAGUCUGACUUGGUUAGAAAUCUACUGUGGGUAUAAUUUACGAGCGAGAGGAGGCCACCCAUCUGAGCUCCUCUGGUUCCUAGUAUCUGAUUGAUCUCAGAACUUUGUGAAGUUGGAUGCACAAUUGCUGCCCUCAUGCCCUCUACAGCCUGCCUCUUCUGCUCGGCGCCUGCUAGUCUCACCACUGCCAGAUUCCUUUUAUAUUAGAAUCUCUGCUGUACAAUCUGGCAGUCCUGCUUGGUUUUAGGGUGGGAAAUGUGCCAAUUCUGUAUUUUAUAUGAGUAUUAUUAAUAUUUGUAUUUUAUUUUGGGAGACCAGUUUAUUUAGCUGCCAUCGCUUUCCUCUACUGGACAGGAGUUCCUUUUCCCUUAAAUAAGAAAAAAGUUUGUAUGUAGAUAGCCGUUUAUAAUGAUGUAAUAUGUUUUGGGGUUUUUUUUUUUCUUUCAAUACCUUUUAAGUAUAAAAAAGUCGCCUGCACCCAUCGUAUGGUAGAAACUGCUUGAUUUUUUUGGUGUUUGUUUUGGUUACUGCCCAACUGAAGCGUCCAGGCAAGGAACCAAAUAUGUGCACACUUAUUACUAGGAGAUAUUACAUCUUUUUAAAUGCUCAAGGGCUUAAAAUAACCAGUUUCCACGUUCUGUUCCUGUCAGUGGAAGAAGCAGAUCUAUAUUUUGCUUUAAAACUUGCUUCACGUGAAAACAAUGCAAGUGCAGAGGCAGCUGCAGUAGAAAUAAAGGGUCUCUUAGCUGCACUGGCCUGUUCCGAAAGAGAUGUAGAAAAGAAGACAGCUGAAACGUGUUUUAUUUACUCCUGAUUAUACUGUUGACGUGCACAUGUGUGGUUCUUAAUUGCAACGACUCAGUUAUUCAUUAUUGAUGAUGAUUAUGCAAAGGACGGUGAUCCUUACAAUACGCCCACCAAAUACUUGAAGACUGAAGGCCACUCUGGGUUAACUCUGUCUGCUGACCAGCAGAUCAAUAUGUGUGUUCCAGUGGAACUACACACACACACACACUGUAAACAGUUUUGUAUAUAAAUAAAUCCUUUACUCCUUUAAA